UUCUGCAGAUGGACGCCGUGGCGGGGAGGUGCUGGGAGUACUUGGAGGCGCGGCUGAGCUUGUCCACCUGCGUGGCCGUCCACGCUCUGGCGGCGCAGCACCACCAUCCCCGCCUGCUCGACGCCUCCCUGGCCAUUAUUUAUCCAAACUUUUUGUCUCUGACGCAGAGCGAGGACUUCCUGCAGAUGGAGGCGGAACAGCUCACUGCGCUGAUUGGGUCGGACGAUGUGGAGGUGUACUGUGAGGAUAAAGUGUGGGAGGCGGUGCGGCGCUGGCUGGAUUACGACCGUCCCAGACGGCUGCUGCACGUGUCCGCGGUCUUGCAGAGUGUCCGCGCGGCCUUUUUGAGUGAGAAGUGCCGACUGCAGUACGCGGCGGCCUUGGCCAGUGCGACAACGGGGAUAGCCGGUGGGACUGCGCAAAACACCACCCCGCGGCAUGCAUUCGGGGCGCAGGAAGUGCUCGUCUGCGUGGAGAACUGGGAAGACAAUUGGGAGGCUAGUGCGGUGCAGGUCUUCAGUCCGUCGAUCCCGGCAGUGUGGCGCCUGACCGAUCAGCCGCCGCUCGGUGAGUAUCCCAACGUCGCGAUGCUGGACGAUGGCCGGAUGAUGUUGAUCUCCAUACAAGGAGUGGAAGCGGUCCAGCGCGACCACAGCUACACGCGCCUGAGCGGACCACCGAUGGCACUGGCCGCCAUGCAGACAGUGCGCAGCAGCGAAGCUGCGGCUGUCCUUGAUGGUCGCGUUUUCGUGGCCGGUGGCUAUGGGCAAAUGCCAGUUCCGGUGCCAGUACUGUCGUCCGUCGAAGCAUAUGUCCCGAAGAGUAAUUCAUGGAGUGCGGUGGCCCCACUACCCGUCGGUCUGAUGAAUUUGGUGAUGGUGGCGUAUGGCGGGCUGUUGUAUGCGUUCGGUGGAGAAACGGAAGAUGGACACGUUAGCAAUGGUGCCUUUGCCUACGAUCCAGCCGCCAACGCCUGGAGCCGGUUGCACGACAUGCCCAGCGCCCGCUACAAUUGCGCUGCGUGUGUGGCGCCCGACGGACUGAUUUACGUAGUGGGGGUAAGCACGGAAGGCCUGGAAGCUGGUGGAAUGGAAGGCUGUGUGCGCGUGGAGGCCUACAAUCCCGCCACCAGUCAAUGGCUGAAAAAAGGCGAUCUGGUCCAUCCGCGCAAUGAGCCAGCCUGUGCGUGUCUGCAGGGGAAGUUGUACGUCCUGGGUGGGAACGCUUCGUGGGAUCGCCGAAUCCGCGAUGCUGACGACGCCAGCAUCGAAGUGUACGACCCCGAUGCGGACCGCUGGCAGCUGCAUGAGUGCCGACUUUCGGAAGACAUCGUGGGCGGAAGCUCUGUCAAGAUGAAACUGAAGCGGGCUUGACGCUACACUGCUUCCUGUGGGGCCCGCGAAUGAGAUGAGUGUGUGCGUGUGGGUGUGGAACACGAGCCGGGGAAGGAGAUACAGUCAAUACGAAAAGUCAGAUAUCUUUCUCUGUCGACUGUUAUACGGCCAGUGCAGCGCUCUAUGGUGCAUAAGUUACAAUUCAUAGAGAUAAG